AUGCAUAAACAUAACAGAGAGAAGAAUGAAGACAGACUUGGUGAUUUGCCUGAUGAUGUUUUACAUCACAUACUCUCCUUUUCCGAUGCGAAACAAGCUGUUCAAUAUUGUAUACUCUCAAAAAGAUGGAAAAAUCUUUGGAAGACUCUCCCUACACUUAAAUUAACUUCUACACAGUUUACAACUCGCAGGGCUUUCACCGAAUUUGUGUAUAAUAUUUUGUGCCACCGUGAUGCUUCAACGUCACUCUACACCUUUGAUUUUUACGGUGAUGGUAGGAUUGAGACUCAACUACUCGAAAGGAUUUUGAAAUAUGUUUUUUCACACAAUGGCCAACGAUUAAAAAUCAAUACGAAUUAUGAUGACCUAAGAUUUCCACCUUCCUAUUUUUCAUGUCACACUUUAACGUCUCUGGACCUUUCUCUUAAUCCUUAUUGUAAGGGAUCAUUAUUUCUUAAUUCUCUGAAUUUGCCGGCAUUGGCCAACUUGUCUCUUCAAGGAUUUAUCUUUUGUGAUAAGGAUGACAGUCGCAUCAAUCCAUUUUCGACAUUAAACAGAUUGAAUAGUUUGAACAUUGCCCAUUGUAUAUGUAGUGGUAAGCAAUGUCUCUUCAUAUCGAGUGCCACACUUGCCAAUUUAACAAUAAAAGAUUGGCCUAACAAGCAAAAAUUUCAGUUAUCUGCCCCAAGUCUUUGUACCUUUGAUUUUUCAGGUAUUCUUCACGAGAAACUUUAUGGGAGCUUCAGCAAUCUCUCUUCUGUCAAAAAUGUAAAUAUCAAUGCAUAUUGCUACAAAACUCGUUUGGUUCUACUCAAUUGGCUAAUUCAGCUUCCUAAUACAGAAUCAUUGAUAGUUUCUGUGGAUGCUUUGAAGGUACUCUCCUUUGUUCCUGAUAUAUUGAAGGUUGAAUUCCCUUCAUUGUAUAGCUUGAAAUCACUGAAAGUAACAACGUAUUAUGAUUCAAGCUUAAUACCAACGGAAAUAGUGAACUUUUUGCUUCAAAAUGCACCAUCAGCAAAAGUUGACUACACAUUAUUUCUUCUUGGUUGUCCUAUCUUAGAAGAUUUGCAAUUAGACUUAGGUAUAAAACAUAGAGACAUGACAAUGAAAAACAUGGGUGUGUUACCUAAUUUGGUCGAAGUAAGGAUCACUGAUAAUUGGAAUUCGCUUACUCCAAUGGUUUUGGUUUGUAAGGCAAAGAUUUUGCAUGUGGAAGAUAUGUUGCUGUGGCAAUGGACAGAGCUACCAAUGUUUCACAAUUUGAUCAACUUGGAGGUUAGUCUUAGUACUAUGGCGUUCUUUGGAGAGUGCAAGUCAUUGAUAGGAAUACUCGCACAUUUUCCCAAACUUCAACAUUUUAUCAUUCAGGAUUCUAGGGGUGUACUAAGUGAGUGUUUCGAUUGUUGGAACGAUCCACCCAUUGUUGCAGAAUGUCUUUCAUUACAGCUCAAAACAUUUUCCAUUAAUGGUUACGGAGGCAGCGAGUAUGAGUUUGGAUUGAUUUUUUGUUGUUUUUUUAACAAUUGGAUGUGGGGGAUGACUAAUAUCUUCAGUUUUCUAUUUGCUGUGAAUUUUGAGCAUUACUAUGAUCCAUAUUUUAAGCUUCUUCAACUACUGAUAUGA